AUGAGGGCCCUGGACUUGCUCCUGCUGUUAUGUUGCUUGUGUGGCCUGUACGCGGUGGGAGGUGCGUCGGAGGGGGAGAAGCAGCUGAUUAAAGACCUGUUCAAUAACUACAACCUGAAGGUUCGCCCUGCGGCCUCACCUGGCGCCAAGGUGGUGGUCCGGAUUGGCAUGAUCCUCUCCUCCUUCGUCAGCCUGAACAUGAAAGCAGAAGAGAUGAGCACAAUCGUUAUCAUGAACCUGGAGUGGACAGACCACCGUCUCUCCUGGAAACCUAAAGACAAUGACGGGAUCGAGGUGAUGAGACUUCCUGCUGGGAAGGUCUGGCUGCCUGACAUCGUCCUCAUCAACAAUAAUGAUGGUGUGUUUGAUGUGGCCCUCCAUGUUGCUGUCCAGGCCUAUAGUAGUGGGAGGGUGACUUGGUCUCCCCCUGCCCUCUUCUGCAGUUCCUGUGGGGUCAAGGUGACCUACUUCCCAUUUGACUGGCAGAACUGCACCAUGGUGUUCAAGUCUUACACCUACGACUCAUCAGAGGUGGACCUGCAGUACGCUCUGGAUGACCAGGGCAAAGAGAUCAAAGAGAUCCAAUAUGACGGAGGCUUCAGUGAGAGUGGGGAAUGGUACAUCCGCCACCAGCCCAGCAGGAAGAAUGAGAUCCGUGAGGACCUGUAUGAAGACAUCACCUUCUACCUGAUCAUCGAGAGGAAGCCUCUCUACUAUGUCUUCAACAUCAUCAUCCCCUGUAUCCUCCUCACCUGCAUAGCCAUCUUCAACUUCUACCUGCCGCCCGACGCUGGUGAGAAGAUGGGUCUGUCCAUCAACGUUCUGCUCACCCUGACUGUGUUCCUGCUGCUGCUAGCUGACAAGGUCCCCGAGACCUCCCUGGGUGUCCCCAUCAUCGUCAACUACCUCAUGUUCACCAUGAUCCUGGUCACCGUCUCAGUCAUCCUCAGUGUGGUGGUCCUCAACCUGCACCACCGGUCCCCUUCCACACACCACAUGCCCAUGUGGGUCCGCAAGAUCUUCAUCCACAUGCUGCCCCCCUACCUGGGCAUGCUGCGGCCCAAGGUGGAGAUGCCCCUCUCCCUGGACCAGCCCCCCAGGAGGGAGAAGAACAAUAUGACUAUCAGCCGCGCUGCCGACGAGUACUUCAUACGCAAGCCCAACACCUGCUUCCUCUUUCCCAAACCCAACAGGUACCAGUCUGAGGGCAUGUGUACUGACCUGAGGAAGUUCAUCGACGGGCCCAGCCACUACCUCACUCUGCCUCCGGAGCUCAAGACUGCCAUCGAGGCCAUCAUCUACAUCGCUGAGCAGCUACAGGCUGAGAAGGACUUUGCCGCUCUGAGGGAGGACUGGCAGUAUGUAGCCAUGGUUGUGGAUCGCAUGUUCCUGUGGAUCUUUGUGGUCUUCACUACUGUGGGAACCCUGGGCAUCUUUGCCAACGCCAGCUUCAACCACACCCCCAGCGACCCCUUUAAGUACCCCUAA